GAAAUCAUGCCUCAAUUCCAGGCAUGAAAACGUGGAAAGUUCAAAAAUAGAAGCUGAAUUUAUAGUAUAUGCUAGGGACAAAGGAUAAUGGAUUUUUUGUCUGUCAUUGCAAUGCUGAGUGCAUCAUAUUGUUUCAGUAUAUCAGGCCAAUGAUAGGAAUCGAUUGUUAGUUCUCAAACUGGGUUGUUUUGUGUACUUCCUUAUUUCCAAAUAGAUCUGAGGGGUUUUGUUUGUGUUGGAGUCUGAUAUCUCGGUGAUCGAUCGGAUUAAUUUGAGGGGUUUUUGUUUGUGUUGGAGUCUAAUAUCUUGGUGAUCGAUUGGAUUGAUUCGAGAAUUUAUGCAAAAGAGUCUAUAUAUCAUUUGGCUGCCACUGUUCCUUGGUCUACUGUUUAACGUUGUCUGCAUCUUUCAUUCUUAUUCAGAGCUUUGGGACAGUGUGCACCUAGUUAUGGCAUCGGAUAUCAGGCACAUUAGAGGAAAAAGAUUGUUGGAACAAAAUGAUAGUGCAGGUCUCAAUCGUGAUGCAGAGAUAGAAACCAGAAACAAUAGUGAUAAUUUUUAUACCAUGAGAGCCCAAACUGAUACUGGGGGUUUUGGUACAGAGGGAAUGCAUCAAGGAAGAUCAAGAAGGCCAAGACGUGUUCCUGAACCUGCAAUAACAGAGAAAAAUUACACCUCUGAACACUUGAAUAGAAGAUCAAGAAGGCGAAGACGUGUUGAACCUGCAAUAACAGAGAUAAAUGACACCUCUGAACACUUGAAUAUAAGAGUUGAACCUGCUGAAGAAAACAACACUCUGUUGUUGAAUCAAACUUCUGUUAACAAUGAAGAUACGCAUGUUAGUCAUACAGGUCAUUGUUCGCUCUCAUACAGUCAGGCAUCAUAUCAGAAAAGUAGAGAAGGAUUUAUUAUGAGAUAUGAAGAUUCGGGUGAUAAUAUUCAUGAAUGCAAUUAUUGCAAUGCGAAUUUUUGGUCUGGAGAAGCUCUUAAACAAUCAUCUUCAAAUGCGGGUUUGCUAUUGCUUUAGCCUGUGGUGCAGACCAGAUUUGAGGUGGAACAAGCUGCUCACUAUCUGAUAUUCAAGUGUCAAGUAAAGCUGAUCAUCAUGGAUGCAUUGACCUUGGUGGCCUCUUCAAAGUGACUGCAGGUUAUGAGAAAAGUAGAAACAUUGGUUUCUCAGUGAUUACAUGCUCUUCCAACGGAAGGGGGCCUGAUUCAGUGAAGAACGAAGUGAAGAGUGUGGAACAGUUGGCUCAAGAGAAAAGGCGAGCUGACCUGUCUGCUCGGACUGCCUCAAGCGAGCUGACCUAACAGUUUAAUAAUAAUCAGACAUUAGUAGAAACUAGGAAUCAUGACUUUUCAAAGAAGCUAACCUGUAAAAGUGCAUGUCUUUUCCUGCUUUGCUGCAUUCAUAAUUCGAGUCAUAUCAGUAUGAUCAAAACAAUUCCUACUGCAGGGUCUGUUAACAAUUGCCUUAUACAGUCCUUUACCCUAAGGUUUGAUGAUGAUUCUUUAGUAAUGUUAUAAUUGACAGCAGUGAGAUUUAGCAAUCCAGACAAAAAGCCCCGCAGGGAAGGAAGCACUGAAUCAGCAACAUCAUCCACAAACACUAUGAACAAGGAAAAAAUGGACUGAAAUAUCAUGUCACUUUUUGUGUAAAUAGAAAUGGAGGCAGCAACUUUUUGGACAACCUCCACAGCUAAUCAUCACUAGGCUAACAACCUCUCAGCAACUGACGUCACUUUUGAUAGUCACUAGGUUAGCCUAUAAGUAGAUCACUGUAUUUUGGAGAAGCUGUUUUAACAGCAUUUGCAAUAUAUAUUUGAACAUUACCGGAACAUCUAUAUUAAUAGUAAUGUUAGCUCCUGAUAUGGAGCAUGAAUCGAUGUAUUUUUGAGAAGCUGUUUUAACAGCAGUUGUUUUAUAUAUAUUAACUAAAUUCUCUGUC